GUCCCAAGUAUCCUUCAGAAGACGCCUCCUCUGCCUUCAUCUGUAUGGGAAGUGCAGAGCGGCUGUAUGUAGGACGAGGCUGGGAACGCAUUUCUCCGCUCAGGAAAAGGACCUUCAGGGAACAAGAGCAGACCGGCGUUCUGGGAAUGCGAACAGUUGACGUUUUCAGAGCGAAAAGCAGAGAGGAACUGUAAUGCAUUUCCCAACACUCUUCGUCUUUAUCUCUGUCAUGUCAGCUGAUGCAGCUGCACCGAGAACAUUCCUAUGGCAAGAAGUUGGGAACCCGUCUUGUGUUCGCUGUUGUGGAGGUUCAGAAGAGCCGGCGGAUGCUCCUAAGAAAACCAGGAUGAAAGAGUAUGUGAUGUACCCUAUGCCGAGGGUCCAGCCACGUAUUGAGAUGAGCAUCCUAAAGGGUGACAAGGGUGAUGUAGGAGACAAAGGUCCUCCAGGAGUCUCAGGAAAAGAAGGUGAACGAGGACCACACGGAAUUCUGGGGUUGAAGGGUCAGAAGGGUCAAGUAGGUCCACCAGGAAACUCCUGCAAGGUCCAGUAUUCUGCUUUCUCUGUUGCCCGUCGUAAAUCGGUGCACAGCACUGAUUACUUCCAAGCCGUCAUCUUCGACACAGAGUUUGUAAAUCUUUACAAACACUUCAACAUGUUCUCAGGGACUUUCGUCUGCUACAUUUCCGGGAUCUACUACUUCAACUUAAAUGUCCACACCUGGAAUCUGAAAGAGACCUAUCUACACAUCAUGAAGAAUGACCAGGAGAUGGCCAUUUUAUAUGCACAGCCAAGUGACCGGAGUAUUAUGCAAAGUCAAAGCCUUAUGCUUGAUCUGAAGGAGAAGGACGAGGUUUGGGUGAGGAUGUUCAAACGGGAGCGGGAGAACGCGUUGUACAAUGAUGAUAGUGAUGUCUAUCUUAUCUUUAAUGGUUAUCUGAUCAGACCAGCGGAUGAGUGAACACUCCAUGGUGUACCUCUGACAUUUUGGACUUGAAAACGACACAAAACAAAGACUGUUUUGCUAAUGUUUAUUGCUGCAAUUGUAUUAUCUCCUAAAUAGAUUUAAGGCUAAAGUGAUCCUAUUUGAUAUAGGAUAUUUUGUAUAUAAAUAAAUAUUCUCAUUAAGGAUCUGUAAA